AUGGCUGAGUCCAAGCCUGUUAAGCAGGAAAAUAUGCCUUCCUCCGGCACCUCCAGAAAAAGUUCCCCUGUACAACACAAGCAACCUGCGCCAGACGCUCCAGCCCCGACCGCAGAAGACUCGAAGCCAACACAAGUAUCUGAACCUCUAGCUCCUCCUCCUAAACCAGCACCUGCCACAACAGCUCAGACGCCCGACUACUUCUCGGCCGUACAUGGUAACAACAACGAAUUCAACCCGUUCGAACAAUCCUUCGGCGCGCCAUCGACAGAGACACCGGGAAAGACCCUACUGCCUCCUGUCGCCGCCCUCGAGUCUCCCGCUAUAACUGGCGCGAACAACGCAACCGGAUACAACUGGAACCAGGGUCUAAGAGCUGGGCCACUGAGCCCUGCUAUGCUGGAAGGUCCUGCUGGUGGUGGCGACUACUUUGGAAACAUUUCACGUGGCUUCCCUACGCCCAACGAGUCGUCGUUGAGGACAGGUUUGACCCCAGGUGGAGGGGGUUCCAUGUUCCCGGCCCCGAGUCCCAACUCACAAGCCAUCUUCAACUCAUUACAGAGUGGAGGUGCUACUCCUGGUACACUAGACUUUCAUCGCACUGCUAUGAACGCAGCUGCACGUAACAAGUUCCCCAAUACAUCAAAUCCACAAGAACAGCCAGGCCAGAACGGCAAUAUGGAUGCUCAACACGACGCCACAGAUGCUGCUAAUGGUCUUUUCAUGCUAGCUAAGGGCGGCCAGGCCAACCAGUUUGCUCCCAACAACAAUCAACAGAAUAUACAGACGAGGAGUCAAGUUCCACAGAGAACGUCGAAUGCCUCAGCUGAAGAUAUCGGCAGUCCUGACGACGAGGACAGCAAGCCAAAUACCCGUGGCAAGAAGGGUGCUAAAGUACCACCUGCUAAUGGAAGACGGAAGUCUGAGGCUGUACAAAAAGGCAGCAAUAAGCGACAGAAGACCAGUAUUGGCUCGGUGGCCGUAGAUCCAGCUCUCGAUCCUGAUGUCGACCCAGAUGACGACGAGAGCAUGGACGAGGAGAUGCAAGAAGAGCUCAAGAAUGGCACCAAGAACGGCAAGAAGAUGACUGACGAAGAAAAGCGUCGUAACUUUUUAGAACGAAACAGGGUCGCUGCACUCAAAUGUCGUCAGCGGAAGAAGCAAUGGCUGGCUAACCUCCAGGCCAAGGUGGAAAUGUACUCUGCCGAGAAUGAUUCUCUCAACACCCAAGUUGCCACACUUCAUGACGAGAUCAGGAAUCUUCGAAACCUACUCAUUCAACACAAAGACUGUCCUGUCGGACAUGCUCAGGGCAUUGGUCAGUUCCUGGCUGGCAUGCAGGAUCCCAACGCUGCUUUUGCUCAUCAGCAGAUGAACCCUUACGGUAUGGCGAUGCCUAACGGUGGCAUGCAACCUGGUAUGCCACAGCGCGCUGGUUAG